AGCAGAGCUCUCCGGUCAACUCAUCUCAUUAUCUGAGAGCGGAGGGAGAGCAGAGCAGAGCAGAGCAGAGAGGAGAGGAGUGAGACGCUGCUGUGCGGUUAGACGGAUAGAAACAAAGAUGUUCCUCCAUGAAAAUCGUUUAUUUUAGGUUAAUGGUUCACGUCUGAAGCGGUGAUCGCAGCUGGUGGCGGCCAGCUGAGGCAGAUGAGUCUGCAGCGUCUCUGGUGGUUCUGACGAGUCUUUGUUCGGCUGUGGCAUCUCUCCUUCACCUCAUGGAGCGUACAGAGAUGGAGCACAGGUCAGACGACGAGGCUGACUAUGAGGACGAGGAGGUGGACCCCAGAAUACAGGGGGAGCUGGAGAAACUAAACCAAUCCACCGACGACAUCAACAGAUGUGAGACGGAGCUUGAGGAUUCAAGGCAGAAGUUCCGCUUAGUGCUGGUGGAGGCGACGGUGAAGCUGGAUGAGCUGGUGAAGAAGAUCGGGAAACCAGUGGAGGAAUCAAAGCCUUACUGGGAGGCCCGCAGAUUGACCAGACAGGCCCAGCUGGAGGCCCAGAAGGCGACUCAUGACUUCCAUCGAGCCACUGAGGUUCUGCGGGCAGCGAAGGAAACCAUCUCCCUGGCUGAGCAGAGGCUGCUGGAGGAGGACUACCGGCAGUUCGAUUCUGCCUGGCAGGAGAUGCUGAACCACGCCACACAGCGGGUGAUGGAGGCGGAGCACACCAAGACAAAGAGUGAGCUUUUACACAAGGAGACGGCGGAGAAAUAUACAGCAGCCGUCGCCUGCAUGAAGCAACUGGAGAAGAAAAUGAAAAGAACCAUCAGCAAGUCCAAGCCCUACUUUGAGAUGAAGGCAAAGUACUACCUGCAGCUGGAGAACCUAAAAAAGAACGUGGAUGAGCGACAAGCCAAACUGUCUCAGGCCAAAGGAGAGUACAGGACAGCUCUGAAGAACCUAGAGAUGAUCUCUGAUGAAAUCCACGAGCGCCGCAGGAGCUCCACGAUUGGACCUCGCAGACCGGGAGUUGGGGCUGAAGGGGACAGCAGUUCUGGGGACGACAUUUCCAGCUUCAAGAUAGAGUCAGACGGAAUAUCCAUGGCCUCGGAGUGUUUCGACGAUGAACCGUGCAGGGGGAGCAGCAUCAUGUCAGAGGAAGACUCAGAGACUCGGUCCACCGGCAGCCUCGGUUCAACCCCCAGCAGCCCUCAGGAGCUGCUGUCACCAUGCACCUUUGCCAGUUCCUCAACCUCCUCUGGAACAUCUUCAUCUGACUCUCCGUCACCCACACCCUCCUUGUCUUCCUCCACGUCUUCCCCAGCUCUUGUGUCCCGGCCCUGCAGUCUGGACCUUCCCAGCACCGUGUCACUAUCGGACUUCGGCCUGAUCUCACCAGUGCUCGGGCCUCGGAGCGAGUGCAGCGGGGCUUCAUCACCUGAGUGUGACCUGGAAAGAGGUGACAGAGCUGAAGGUGCAGAGGGAGAUCUGGACAACCCUCCGACUGGAAACGUCAUCUCAACUAUCAACGCCAAGAAGAACUUUAGCCUUGAGGCACGCUUCAGCUUCCUCAACCUGGGACGUCCUCGAGUCGGUAACACCAAAAACAAGGAGAACUGUCCCCAGAAGACUGAUCCGGGGCAAACGGAUGUUCUCGUCAAAAGAGUCUGAGGAGCAAAAGGAGAACAUGUCAGAGGAACUGUGGUUAUGCAGAGACUCUUUCUGAACUAAAAACUACUGGAACUCCUCUGGGCUGUUUAUAAAAUACUUCUCACUUCUGUAGUCCAACUCCACACUUCAUGGUCAAACAGAAACUUGAAAUAUUUGGUGUAAAUUAAGCUUCUUUACAGCCUUGACACAUUCAUGGACUCCCAUACCAGAGAUGUAGCAAACUCUGGUAAAUUAUGUAAUAAACAAAUAAGUACAAUUUUUCUCCAUUUUAUAUUACAAAGCAACAAACCAACUGCCUGCAGAUAAAACUUAGACCUGACCAGUCAGCUCUUGAAUUAUAUAUAGCAGUUAGUACAGUUAAAUGGCACACAGAAGGCUGCUUAGCUCAGCGUUUAAAGAAAGUUGGGAUGCAGUAGAGGAAAAACAACUUGCCUUUAGUCUUAUACCCUACGAUGCUCCUGUUUUAUAAGACAAUGUUGUGUUACGAUGUUGUGUUUGAUGUUAAAAUGUAAAAAAAAAAAAAAAAACUGUUUCUGGGACACAAACUGCAGAUCAGCAAAAUGAAAGCUUCAGCUUCUUAUUUGUAUUUUACCCCUCUUCGUGGUCUAGAUUUCUCAGUGCACAAGACAUUGGUAAACAUGUAUACUUUAAUCACAAAUUGUGCAAUUUACCUUGAAUAUAGAAUAAAGAAGUUGACAAGUUG